AUGCAGCCGCAGCUUCCGGAUGCUGGCAUAGCAAUCAUGGAGAAAAACGACCUGAAGGCGAAGAUGAAGGAGGAGUUUGACAAGGAGAAAUGGUGGCGCGUGCUUCUGCACAACGACGACAUCCACACGUUCGAGUAUGUCACGGGGUGCCUGACCAGAACCGUCAAGCACCUGACUCGGCGCAAGGCCUACAACAUCACGUGGGAGGCCCACAGCGCCGGGAAGGCGACCGUGGCGUGCGUUUGGAAAGCCCUCGCUGAGCAGUUUUGCGUCAACUUGCAGCAGCUGGGACUGACGGUUUCAAUCGCGCCGGACUCCAAGUUCGAGGGCAACAAGGGCGGCAAGUGA